CUCACAGCUGAGUGGGGGUCGAUGAUCGUUGUUGAUAAUAAUUUGGCGAUGACAUUGUAUAGAUUCCGUAUACAGCAUAUAUAGACGAUGUUGUCAGUGUUACUGAAAGAGCACCAAGCCAAACAGGCAGCUAGGCGAGAAAUCCAAGAAAAGCGAAGAAGAGAAGCAAUUGCAGCCUCAUCUCUCUUCACUCAUGCUUUGGUGGAUAACCUUAAUUCUGGGGUAGCACAGGCUUAUGUGAAUCAGAAAAAACUAGAUGCAGAGGCAAAGCAAUUACAAUCUCAUGCAGCACAGUUUACAAAACAGACAAUGCAGUGGUUGCAAAUGAUGGAACACUUUAACCAAGCACUGAAAGAGAUAGGUGAUGUAGAAAACUGGGCAAAAAGUAUAGAGACUGACAUGAGAACCGUAUCGAGUGCUUUGGAAUAUGCAUAUAAAGAUCAGUCACAAAGGACAUGAUUUAAAGAUAACGAUAUAUCCAGGAAUUAUAUUACAUUGGCAGAUAUGUGAUUUCCAUGGCAAUCAAAAUGUGAAUUCUCAUGGCUGAAUACCAGAACUGAUACGAUCAAUGGUUUUGAAUCUUGCUUGCUUCUCGUAUUAUUUUAAUAGUAACGCAACAAUCUUUGUGAUCUGACUCAAUUGACCACAGUUCUACAUUCUGUUUGACUGUAACAAAUGUGAGACAACAAAUAGUAUAUUCUCAUGUCACACCCAAUUUAGGUUCUACAUAAUGUACUAGUGAUUGACACACCAGGCAACUCUAUAGUCGUUGCACAAUGGCAAUGGAAUAUAUUUAUAAUUUGUCUUUGAGUCUCUGAGAUGUAACAUGUGUAAACUGAUCAAAAUGUAAAUUGAAUCUUGUCUAAACUGAACACUGUAAGCUCAAAACCUGUCUAAACUGGAACAAUGUAUUGACUGGAAAGAUGUCACGUAAAAAGUUGUAUUUGACUUUCUUUUUUUGUAUUUAACAAUUAAUGACUGAAUUAUGCCACGAUAUAUGAAAUGCUAUGCAUAUAUUUACAUUGAAGGCCGUAAUGUAAUGUAAUGGCGAUGAUACAUCAACUGUUUGACAGCCUGCUGCUGGAAUUCAAUCUGAACUGGUUUCACUGUAGUAAGCAAUGUUUUGUCAUUGAAACAUCACUAGAGUGGAAUGAUUGAAGGAUGUUCGCUUCAAUAGCUAGGAAUAUUCUAGUUUUUUUGAUUCACAAUGCAUUUUGUACAUAUAU